CUGUUUGUAAACAAAAAUUUCUGGCUUAAUUUCGCAAAUCGUAAAUUCUUUUAAUAAAUUUAAAAAUUAGUGCGAAAUUUUAGAUAAUUAAACAAUUUAUUGAUUGCCAUGGCUGCAACUCGUUCACGGCGAGUCAAUGCCGGCAACAAAAUAGCGAAACUUUUGAAUGAGGAGGAGGAAGAUGAAUUCUAUAAGACAUCCUAUGGUGGCUUUCAGGAGGAAGAGGAAGAUAAAGAAUACGUUCAAAAAGACGAGGAAGAAGAUGUAGUGGAUUCCGAUUUUAGUAUUGACGAAAAUGAUGAACCCGUAUCUGAUACGGAAGAUGCGCCGGAGAAGAAGCGCAAACGUGGCGGUGUCAACACAAAAGCUUACAAAGAACCCAAACCAAUGGUUAAAAAAGAUGUAGCUCCAACACCGAAAAGAAAAGCAGGAAAAAUAGUAAAAAGACCGCGACCGAAGUUCACUGUUAUAGACUCGGGUCGGAAAUCUAUACGCGCUUCAACUGCUAUUAAAACACAAGCAACCAAAAUACGUUUGAAGGAAAUGGAUGAUGCACGCAAGAAAAAGCGGCGUGUGAGAAGGGUAGAAGAAUACAUGCCAACGCAAGAAGAAUUGCUGGAAGAAGCCAAAAUUACUGAAGAGGAAAAUAAAAAAUCACUGGAGAAGUUCCAGAAAAUGGAAUUGGAAAAGAAAAAGACACGCCCCACAAAACGUGUAUAUACUGGUCCGAUGAUACGCUAUCACUCAAUGACCAUGCCCGUAGUACGUAAGCCUUCUAGGGGCGCAACAGGCGUUGGCGAUGCCCCAGAUACAGCUGCGAAGUGUGAACGCACAUUCAUAACACUCGAAAACGAUCUUAAUGACAAGGUGUUUCAAUCCGUUUUCAAACCGAAGCGUUUGAAUAAUAAUUCCGGCUAUUUGUGCCCAAUCACCAAAUUACCUGCGCGCUACUUUGACCCCGUCACUCAACAGCCGUAUUACAGCAUGCAAGUCUUUAAAAUUUUACGUGAAGCCUAUUACUUGCAACUGGAAGAACGUGGCAAUGCAGAUAAUCCUGAUGUGGCCAAAUGGUUGGAAUGGCGCAAAAUUGUGAAAGAAAAUCGCGCCAAAGCUGCUGCUAACAAAUUAAAUCCGAGCACGUAAUUGAAAAAUGAUAUUUUUACUUCAUGCAGUUGGCACAUUUUAAUGGCAAUAAUUUUACAUUGGUUAUUAUGUCAACCCUACAAUACAAUAAUACAAUUUUUACUGUCUAAAAUCUAUUAAAAAA